UCGCAGUUAUCAGUGAGGGGGUUCAGUAGUACAAGCUGAGACGGCACGCGUUGCUGUUGCGUGAUAAGAGGAGGUCGUCAGAGUGAGGACUCUAGUGGUGCGGUAUCAGUUGGAGGGAAUGCCCCGGGCGAUUUUCGCGUAAAAUAAGCGCGAGAUAAAUACAAUUUCCACUCGAAUAAUUACCGUGACCGAGAGUAGUCGAGUAUCACUGCCGAAACGAUGGGGUUCAAGAUUUUUGGAUCGAUUAUAAGUAUUUUUUUAAUUAGCUGCGCGAUUGAGAGUGCAUCGCACAGAAUUCUCGCGAUUUUUCCGUUUCAAUCGCGGAGUCAUCAGAUGAUGUUCGAUGCGCUGAUCAAGGGGUUGGUGGAUAGGGGGCACCAGAUGGACGUGAUGACAGUUUAUCCCAUGAAAAAACCCCUCAAGAAUUACACAGUUGUCGUGAAUCUCGAGGGGAAACAGGAGAGCCUCGUUAACCAGUGGAAUGUGAAAUUCGCGUCAGAAUUGGGGGACGAUACGCUUCCUAUUAUAGCCCUGCCGUUCGGGAAUGGGUUGUGUGAGUAUUUGGGACUGCCGGAGAUGCAGGCGAUCAUAAAAAAUCCGCCGCAGGACCCGCCGUACGAUCUAGUGAUCGUCGAGUCGUUCGGGGCUAAUUGUUUUAUCGGCCUGGGCCACGUGUUGAAUGUCCCGGUGAUAAUGGCGAGCUCAACGGUACCUCUGCCGUGGCUCGAAACCAGCCUCGGUCAGGUGCAGUAUCCAGCAUUCGUUCCAGCUUUCUUCACGAGUCACAAACACCCCAUGUCAUUCUUCGAUCGCGUGCUGAAUACCGUCAAGACUUAUUCCAAUAAUAUAAGAUAUCGUUAUUACACGGAAGCCGUGCAAAAUGCGCAGAUGAGAAAAUACAUUGAUUCCGAUAUUCCACCGCUGCGGGAACUGGAGAAAAAUGUAGUUCUAGCACUCGUGAAUUCGUGGCACAGUCUCAAUCCCAUUCAACCAGUUACACCCGGGGUUAUUGGAGUUGCUGGACUUCAUGUGGAUGCGAACUAUGUUCCACUUCCGAAGGAAAUGGAGAAGUGGAUGAAUGAUAGUACCUCUGGUGUAAUCUACUUUACACUUGGAUCCAUGGUGAAUAUUGAAACAUUCCCUGACGAGACUAUGAGAGCAAUUUACUCGGUAUUCAGGGGAAUAGCACCAGUAAGAGUGCUGAUGAAAGUGGCUAAUAAGACUGCUCUCCUUCCUGGGCUUCCUGAUAACGUAAUGACGUCUUCCUGGAUACCUCAAGUGGCUGUACUAGCUCAUAAAAAUACGAAAAUGUUUAUUACUCAUGGAGGCCUGAUGGGCACCCAGGAGGCACUCACCUACGGGGUUCCCCUCAUUGGAAUUCCCCUCUUUGGGGAUCAGCACAAUAAUAUUGUCGAUUAUCAUUCCCUCGGGAUGGCAAUCGAGUUGGAUAUUCAUAAUCUCAGUGAGGAGUCCAUUUCUUGGGCUGUUAACGAAAUCUUGCAUAAUCCGAAGUACAGAGAGGCAGCGAAGCAUCAGUCGAUGAGAUUUCUGGAUCGUCCCAUGAGUGCAAUGGAUACCGCGGUUUAUUGGGUUGAAUAUGCUAUCAGGCACGGUCGAGGCGCCCUGCGAUCUCCCGUCGUCGAUUUAUCGUGGUGGCAAGUGGCUCUCCUCGAUGUCUACGGGUUCCUCAGUCUCUCUAUCCUCCUCGCUAUUUAUCUAAUCUUUCGCAUUGCCAAGGCCUCCCUCACCGCCGUUACAUCAACGAAAAACGGAAAACGAGUGAAAUCCGACUGAUUCGGUCAUCAUGACAAUGAAAUAAUUGCGAGAUAAGCCGGUAUUUCCUCGUAGUUAUUACAGAUAUUCCUCACCCGUCAAUUAAAAAUUCAACGCGGAGGAAAAUAAAGUGAAGAAGAAACUUUUAUGAGCAAAAAUCAGCGCAAUAUCAAUCUAGCUACUGCAAUCGAUAAACCCGGAACCAUUAACCUCUGACUGCACCUUUGAAAUUCAAUGGGAAAUCAAUAUUCAGGCGAAUCAAUAGUGGUUCUAUCUUCUAAAACAUCGUGACGAUGUUGAAUCCACCUUUUUUAAUGGUUUAAAGCCAUAAAAACGGAACGAUUAAACUCGGUUUAUCGUACGGGAUGAGCAUUGAAAAGUUAUCGUAAUAGUUCCUGACGUUGCGUGAAAUGGGUUGGACGGCAUCGGGGGCCUAGAUAUGCCGAACAAUUGUACACGUGUUGUACAGUCGAGUUAUUGCAGGUAUAACUCAUAAAUUCAGGGAUAUUGUUGGAAAAAAUUGAAAUUUCAGGGACGAGUGGAUAGUUUUUUUGAGGAGAAGGACAUUGAAUUUAUUUUG